ACAUCAUCCUCACACCAGCUCCGCCACCGGUUUUCGCCACUGUUGCAGCACAACCGGAGAAGUUUCUUCCAGAGAAAGUUCCAACUUUACGAACGCACUUUGGAUUCUAAUUCGAACAUUUGAAUAUCUUUAGAGGUGCAUCAAUAUCAUCAAACUCUUGUUCAAAUCCCAAAAUAUAUCACUCGCCCAACAUUUAUUCAAACCCGUCUGAAACUUGUCUGGUUUGGUUGAAAAGCAACGUGAGGACACCAAGCAUCUCAUCAUUAUCAUCAUCAUAAAAUGCAUAAGAAACCAGUUCUCUCAAAGGAGAGUAUAGCGAACGAGUAAUAAUAAAUAUACUUUAAGACACCACCACAAAAGUCUCAUGUGUACGAUUGAAAUUUGACGUCUUAUGUCAAUUCCUCAACCCCACCAAGAAGAAGCCCAAUUACACAACCGUUAAAGGUGAAGGAGACCAAGUGAGUAUGUAUUUUCUUGCAAAAGUGAAAGUGGUUUUUUGAGACAAGAUCUCAUUCUUAUUGAGUGGAUUGAGUGGUGGUCGCACUCGCUCUCCAAAAAUGAACUCGAUCAAUUUAAAUUUUAUAGAGUGGGAGAAAUCGCUACGAAACGUAUAAAUAAAAGCACAACUAAACUACAGUAUAAAAUCAGGGUGAAAACCAUACGGCUGCAGAUGGUGAUCUAAUAAUAAUGCUAAUGAAUGGCAGGAAGAGAGACGCAUGCCAACAAUAUUGUCAUCAUCAUCCUGUGUCACCGACCGAACCAAACAAUUCAAUUUUUUUCCGAAUCGACGCAUCCACUAGUCAUCAACCUUAACCAAACACACACAUUUACUCGCACGAACAGCAAAUAGCAAUAAGUAAGCAAGAACAAUACGACUCCCACUGCUACGUGUGCAUAACAAUAAAUUCAAUUUCCGGUCUGGCAAGCACAAGCAGUUAUCUCAUAUCAGAUAUUAUGCUCCUUCUUGUGAUUAUUGACUCAUUCGACCAGUUCUUAUCCGUAGGCACGGUUGAGACACCAGACACUUGGCAGUCGAAAGUGUGUAUUUUAAGAUUUUGAGGAAAUUUCAAUACUCUCCUCGCCUCCUCCUCCUUCUCGUGUGCUAGUUAAAUUGACAGCAGUUUUGUGAUACUACGAUACGAUAACGAUAACAGUUGGUAGUAAAUACAAUCAUAACACUACACAAGAAGUGGGUGUUUUGCAGCGCUCACAUUUUUUGUGUCCAGAGUGUCUCAUAAUUCGGACUAAUACAAUAAUUGUAAGGGAGUCAUUUUUCCUCCUUCUUUGAGACGUUGGAUAUAAUAAAGAGUUCAUUAGCAAGCUCGGAUACUUUUUCUGCUUCCCAUUGACGUACAAAUCAAGUACAAGCAAGAAAAUUAACUAAAUCACGAAAUAGCAUGAGUCGCCCUGCGAACUCUGAUCCUCAUUAAGUUGUUCAACUGUGAUAAAAGGAAAGAUAAGUCAGCCAUGCAAGAUAUCGCAUGGCUUUGGACGCAUAUGAGGGAAAUCUGGCACUGAUUCCUCAGCAGUAGUUUGUUCUCCUUGGGUCUGAGAUAAGGCGACACGAGAGUAGGUCGUCAUUAGUCAGUCGGUGAUUAUAAUCGGACAUAAUAUCGCUUGUUUUACUCACCAUCCGGUAUGAAGUUUGUGAGAUAAGCUAAAUUGGGCGAAAUAAUGGACUCCUCUCACUCGUGUCACUUGCCCAUUUUCCAGUAAUAUGAUACGGAAGGAGAUAACAUUCUGCAAUGAAAGUGACAUGUGUCCAACUGAUCCCGUUUGUUGGCAGAGACAGUUCUGUUUUGGCUUUGGGCUCCUCAUCAAAGCCACAUUAUUACUCCUUUCUCCACUGACCCACCAGCCAGAGUGAUUUCUGCUCUCAAAAUGAGAAUCUCGUGAUAAAUCUCGCAAAAGAGACAAAGGUUUUCGAACAAGAAGAAGAAAGCAGCCAAUUGAGCCCGUAAUCACCUCAUUUCCGCUUAAAAUCAGUGGACAAAAGACUUUUUCUCUCCCCUCCACCAUGUUGACGUGCGUGUACCAUCCGCCAGUGUCCCUCGUGUCCACCUCGGCCCCACAGCUGAACAAGAACUGCAUGAUUAGGGUGAAUCGGGAGGUGGACACGCGGAAGGUGAUGGUGAGCAAGUUCACCGAGGACAAAAGCGGUCGAGUGAAAGUUGAGACCAACUCGACGAACAAGACGUUGAACCAGAUUUUGAGAGCCAGGCACAAAUCUGGUUCCAGCUCUUCAUCCUCGUCCAGCAGCACUUGCUCCAACUCUUCCUUGACGUACAGAAAGGGCAGAAAUUCGUCCGAAAACUCCUUGAACAAUUGGAACAACAAUGACGACUCGUGGGAGUCUGCCUACUCCUCCGACUCGGAACCGUUAUCGGAGACUUGCGGGCUGAGCAUAUCCGAACUGGAGGCGAUGGCGGCCCGUCAAUCUAGACAGCUCGAAACACAGGAACACCUCCUCGCGGCCAAAGCGCAACGUUUGCGUUUCCUGAAAUCCAGUGGCGAAGUGGAGAGGCUUCAGCGACUGAGGGAGAAAGUUGCCUCUCAAGAGGAACGACUUCGGAAACUUCGAGCUCUACGAGGAAAAGUUCAAGGAAAUCGAAAUGGGAACUCUGUUUUCAGCGCUGAUUUGGAGUCACUGCGUGCCGUAUUCAACGAGAAGGAGAAGGAACUGUCGCUGUACGUGGCGAAAGUUGAUGAGCUCACGAGACAACUGGAGGACUUGAGACGCAACAAGAAGGAGCAGCCUCAAAAUGGACAAACUGCUGCGGCCCUGGAGCUGGAAAAGUUGAAACGAGAGCUUUUGUAUCGACACAAAUUGAGGGAGUCGCAGUCCAACCGAGUGCAUAACCAGAAGCAGACGCUGUCUCAAAAGCAGGACGAGGCGAUGAGGGUUGACCGUCGGAUAGCUGAGUUGCAAGAAAGACUUCACCGUAAGCGAAUUCUUAACAGCCAACUCGCCGCAUCGCUGAAACACCAGGACAACGAAGAAGACUUCGUCUCGCUGACCAAGAAUGACCCCAAGUACCAAACGUUGCCUUACAACGCCAAGCUCUUCACACCCUUCGCCACCAAGCACGAGCAAGACCAGUUUGAAAAUAGUAUGCAACAAAUGCAAAUCAUCCAACAAGACCAAACCUCCUCCUCCCAACACCAAAGUCAAUCCGCCGCCACGGCCCAGCUCCAGUUCCAUGUCCAGCAAUAUCGGCAGCAGCAGCAGCAACAACAACUGCAACCAAAUAAUCAGCACUACAAUCAGGUCAACCACGAGAGCAAUAGCGCGAAGGAUGACCCCUCUGCCCCCAACAACGCCAACAACGGUCCGUCCAAUAAUGAGCGAAUCCAGUCAUAUAACAAUAAGAACAAUCUACACCUCACCCAACUGCAGAGCUUCCUAAGUCAGCAGCAAAUAAGCAAUCACAAUGUCAUGAAAAUAAGUUCCACUGCUUCAAACACAACUUCCAACGUUGCCACAUCCACAAACGGACCACAACAAUCCGUGCAACAACAAGGGACUAACAGCAACAACGCUACGAAUGGACAAGUGGGGAUGAAGGGGCCGGUUGAGAAUGGUGGUGGUGGUGUCCUUUUUCCUAUCGUGCGACCCAGCAACUUUCUCCCCACGGGAGCUCCAGCUUCCAGCCCAAGUGGGUCGUCGUCAACCUCGAAUUCAGGUUCUGCAGCUUCCUCCACUUUUGGGGGAAAUGUUCAGCAAAAUGGAUUCAACGGGGGACAGACUUCUGCUGGGACCAAUACCGCCGUUCUCGGAUAUGAUGACUUUGGUGAGCUUGCUCUGGACGGACAUCACAAGCCAGCUUUGCCCCCGAAACCAGCAAAGCCAGCCCCACCACCUCGACAACAGGCAGCCGAGUUUAAUUGCGGAGUUGGAUCAAGGCUCCCGUCUUCUUCGGAUGAAAUAAUGAUGCCUGACAGAACUGAAUUACCUAUCAAAUCCAAGCCAUUAUUUCCUAAGAACUCCCAGCAGCAGCCGAACGCGAUAGCUUCCACCGGAUCAAGUUCCAAUGUUGUUUCUCCGUCUUCAUCAUCAUCAUCAUCAUCGUCGUCGUCGUCCACGUCGUCCUCUUCAUCCACGACGACGGACAAGGAAUUCCCCAAUAAUGCUGCCUCCUCUAAUACCACCGUUCGGAUGUCCAUCAACCGAAGAAUUGAGAUGCCACCAGCCUUUCUUUUCCCAGAAAGUGAUCCUCCUCCAUUCGACCUCGUUCCAGAACAUCCGUCAUCCCAGGCAUCCGCAAACACCACAACCACGAGCUCUACUACAACAAUCUGUCCUGGAAAAGGCCCAUUUCGCAAUCAACCCCCAAUCGUUUUCCUUAAUGAACCUCAACAACAACGUCUUAAUCAAAGUAACGGAGAUAACGGGGACUCCACGGAUGCCAAUUCCUUGUCUCACAAUAAUAACCCAUCUCAACUUUUAGCUGAAGAGUAUACCCUUCCUGACCUAUUCCCUAAUCCACCACAAGUUAACAGCAUUACCUCGUCGUCAAAAAUGACAAACAACAACGAAGAGUCUCUUAAGCUAAACUUUCAAAAUUAUGCUCCUACGGCACACGACGAAACCAAUGUCAAUUCGUCAAACGCUCCCGAUCAGGAGAAUCAGAAUCAAAUCAGCAUGAUGAACAAUUUCGUCGGUUCAAAGUGUCAAGAAACCGAAAAAGAGAUCAUGAUGACGAUGACGACAAAUGACCAUUCCCAGCUUGAUAAAUUCGAACCUGGGAUGAAAGAUGACUACGGUGGUGCUGGAGAUGGGAGUGAGCAGAGUCCAGAACGGGAGGAAACUAGUUCGGAGGGAUCGAAUAACGUAAAUGUCCAUGGAGUUCUGCGGCGAGUGAAGAAGAGCAAUUUCAAAUCUGCUAAAAGGGAUCACAUUCCCCUGGGUCGAAGAGUCAGUUUUGACCCCUUGGCCCUACUGCUUGAUGCCUCGUUGGAGGGGGAGUUGGAUCUAGUGAUGAAAACGGCAAGCGAGGUUGGCAACGUCUAUGCCGCAAAUGAUGAAGGGAUUACGGCCUUGCACAACGCUAUUUGUGCUGGACAUGCAGACGUGGUCAGAUUUUUAGUCGAGUUUGGCUGCGACGUGAAUGCCCAGGAUAGCGAUGGAUGGACUCCACUCCAUUGUGCAGCAUCUUGUAAUAAUGUGGGAAUGGUGAAAUUCCUGGUGGAACACGGAGCAUGCAUUUUUGCCACCACGCUAAGCGAUCAGGAAACGGCCGCUGAAAAAUGCGAAGAAGACGAAGAUGGAUUUGGCCCAUGUUCCGAAUAUCUUUAUAGUAUCCAAGAAAAACUUGGGAUUAUGAAUAACGGAGUUGUCUACACUGUUUUUGAUUAUGACGCUCAAAACCAAGACGAGCUGACUUUCCGUGAUGGAGAAAGACUGGUCAUUCUUCGGAAGGGGGAUGAGUACGAGAGGGAGUGGUGGUGGGCCUCAGUGUCGGAUAAGCAUGGGUACAUCCCACGAAAUUUGCUUGGACUCUACCCUCGAGUCGUGCCUCAUAAACUGAAUGGAGAUAGCUGUUAAAUUUCCACAAAGUGCCAUUAAUUAUUUAUACACAUACCCAUAUAUUUCCAAUUAGUAUGAUGAUUGAUGCAACAGAGAACCAUAUAUUUUUGUUCACACAGAUUCCCUAUAUAUUUAAUUAAGUCAGACCAGAAUACUGGACAAAACAUGUAACAUAAAAUAUAAUAUGCUCCUUGACAAUGCAAGUACUUGGUAGGAGAACAUAUUUAGUUUCAAAAUAAUUCAACACACCACCCAACCCUAUACGGUACAUAAAAAGGCAAUGAUGCCGUAGGAUUAAUAAAUAAAACAUGUCGAUUUCACCCUCCCUAAAAAAGAAGACUCACAUUCAGUGCCUAUCGAAGAAUCAAUCAAUCAAUCACAAACCUCGUAUCGGAUUUUGAGUCGGCGUCGCUUCUUAAAAAAACACUUAUUUUUAAUCCAUCAUCAUCAGCCUUACACAAAAGGUACUAAUCAUCGAUGUGGUAAUGAUAUAUAUUUAAGAGUAAUAUAGCUGUAAUACGUACGUAGAUAAUUUGGCAGAGAACAUAUGUAUGUAUUAUCCAUUCAUCCGUCGCGUCGUCAUAAUAAUAAUCAUCAUCUUUAUUGUAGGAUGUAACUCAACUAGUUUAUUUCAUUUACUGAGCAACUUACAAUUAUUAUUGUUAUACAUAAGUUUACUACAUUAGAAAUACAUACACCGUUUUAUGUUAUCCAUCGACUGCUACCAAUACUUGUACUCGGUAGUAAAAAUGCAUCAUUUUAUGAUUGAAAUUUGAUGAACCGUGCCCAGUCAUGAGAACCCGUGGUACUUACUUGCAAAUUGUCUGCAGUUACACAAGUAAAUUAGUUGACGUUAUUAUUUUUCAAUAUUAUUAUAAUGUUGUGAUAUUAGUUGAGAAGAAUCCAUAAAAUUUCUUCGAUAUAGAAAUGCAAAAUAAUCACGAAUGUAGGUGUAAAUUUUACACCUACAACAGACACACUAUUUAGUUAACAAUAGUACGGAUUCUACAUAUAAUCAUUCAUCAUAACGACUGUGAAAGUAUGAAUAUCAAAAAAUCUUACUUAUUAUAUCGUCGUCUAAAAUGAAAAAUUUACUUGUGCCACUUUUCUUUGUUGCAUUAUAUAAUUCCAUAAUAUUUUACACACAUAUGGAAGGAUAUCAACUGAAUAAUACAUAUAAAUAUAUGGAAAUAUGGGAGAAUAGUGACCUCCCAGUUUGAUAGGGUUUUUUGCAUUUUAGACGAUGAUAUCCUGUUUAUAAAAAAUUAUCGACAUAAUGUCCACCCACUAAGAUUAUCCAAUUUCAACUAUAUCCUUAUCGUCAAAAAUUGCAAGUAAUAAUAAAUAACUACAAAGUACUUAUAA